UGGGUACUUUGAAAAUUCUCAGUAAUUUUACUGAUGCAUGUACUGUUUGGGGUACCUGUAAAAGUACAUUCACUGAAUAAGUACCUGCAUGGAUACACAAGUCUGUAACUUUACUGAGGAAAUCUCGACAGGGUAUCCUAAAUUUUUCGCGUUCUGUGUGGCGACUAUUCAUUCACCGUUUUCUUUUUUACGAACGGCUCUAUAUAAACAACUCGAUAAAUCAUAAGAAAAUAAUCAAUUUUCAUACUAGUUUUUUCUAAAUUAUUUCUUGACUAUUUCUUAGUAGAGGAAAUGCCGAGCUUGGUCGUAAAUUAAGAUCGGACUACCCUGAAGUGGUCUACGACCAACUCAAGUUGAGUCGGAUCCCGACAUUGUUCCUGCUAAGUUUUUGGAAUUGAAAAAAUUAAAUUGAAUAAAGUAAAAAAAAUCUAGUAAAUUAUCUCAAGAAAAAACAAAAAAAAAUUUUAAAAAGUCAAAGAUCAGGUUCGAUCCUGAACAUACUGAAAAUUUGGUAACAGGGUACUUAGAAAUACUAUACAAUGGUACCCAAUUUAGUACUUGAUCAGUACCUUUAGGUACCCAAUUACUGUGCAUUUUCCAGCAGGGUACUUGCCAAAGUACCACUUAGGUACCUAUAAGUACCUGCAAGUACUUUGGUACCCAAAAGUUCCUGUGACAUACUGGUAUCAGGGUACUUUUUUGGGUACCCUUAACUCAGUAUAUUCUCUAGGGAUGGCUCUGGAAUUCGGUGAGUUCUAAUCAACUAAUUAAAUUAAAACAUUUUUUCACUUUUACUUUUUAGACUCGUUUUAGAUAGCCAUAUAUCCCGUAAGUUUAUUCCAAAUAUUAAAUUAAAAUACAAUUUCAUCUUAAUUCAUCGAUUUGUUUCGAAAAAUCGAAAAAAAGUGUGAAUUAAUUCAAUUUAUUAAAUAAAAAUACAAUCUUUAACUUUUGUUUGGAGAUUUGAUCCGUAUUUAUUAAUAUAUCCGGUGAGUUUAUUCCAAUCACUAAAUGAAAAUGAAAUUCUAUUUUUAUUUUUAGAUUUGUGGGAUAUCGAUAAAUCUAGUGAGUUUGAAUCGAUUUAUCAAAUUAAAAUGAAAUUUUGUUUUUGAUUUUAGAUUCGUUUUAUAACUCAAUAUGUCGGGUGAGUUCAUUGCAAUUACUAAAUAAGAAUGAAAGUUCAUUUUUACUUUCAGAUUCGCUGUCUGUCAAUAUAUUCAGGGAGCUUGAAUCGAUGAAUAAAAUAAAAAUACAAUUUUAUUUUCAGUUUUUGGAUUCAUGCGAUAUUGGUAGAUCCGGUAAGUUUCAAUCAAUUUAUUAAAUUAAAAUAAUAUUUUAUUUUAUUUUUAUCUUCGUUUUAUAUUUCAAUACAUCAUGUAAGUUUAUUUCAAUUACUAAAUGGAAAUGAAGUUUCGCUUUUACGUUUAGAUUCGUUUUAUAUAUCAAUAUAUCUGGUGAGUUUACUCCAAUUUCAAAAUGACCAUGAAAUUUUAUUUUUAUUUUUAGAUUCAUUUAAUAUCGAUCGAUUUGACUCGUGUGAUAUCGAUAUAUUCGGUGAGUCUGAAUCAAUGCAUUAA